AUGCCAGAGUCAGAUGAAGACGAGGAGGAAUCCGAAGAGGAGGACUCUCAGGUGUCUGUGGAUGUGGACCCUGUCGACAUCGAUUUGGACGAUGAGGAGGAAGAGGAGGAGUCGGCCGAGGGCGAGGGCAGCGAGGGCUCGGGCCCUUCAAGGCUCAAUGUCUACUUCUUGGACGGCUAG